AUGGGGGGGUGGGGCUGGGGGUUGGGUGGGGGGGAGUGGGCGCGAGCGGAGCGGAGUGGCGUGGUGAUUUCUUGUUAUUGGGGGGGUGGGAGUGGGUGUCGUGUUAAGAAUGGAGGAGUAAGGGGGGGGGGGGGGGGGGGGGGGGGGGGGGGGGGGGGGGGGGGGGGGGGGGGGGGGGGGGGGGGGGGGGGGGGGGGGGGGGGGGGGGGGGGGGGGGGGGGGGGGGGGGGGGGGGGGGGGGGGGGGGGGGGGGGGGGGGGGGGGGGGGGGGGGGGGGGGGGGGGGGGGGUGGGGGGGGGGGGGGGGGGGGGGGGGGGGGGGGGGGGGGGGGGGGGGGGGGGGGGGGGGGGGGGGGGGGGGGGGGGGGGGGGGGGGGGGGGGGGGGGGGGGGGGGGGGGGGGGGGGGGGGGGGGGGUGGGGGGGGGGGGGGGGGGGGGGGGGGGGGGGGGGGGGGGGGGGGGGGGGGGGGGGGGGGGGGGGGGGGGGGGGGGGGGGGGGGGGGGGGGGGGAGGGGGGGGGGGGGGGGGGGGGGGGGGGGGGGGGGGGGGGGGGGGGGGGGGGGAGGGGGGGGGGGGGGGGGGGGGGGGGGGGGGGGGGGGGGGGGGGGGGGGGGGGGGGGGGGGGGUGGGGGGGGGGGGGGGGGGGGGGGGGGGGGGGGGUGGGGGGGGGGGGGGGGGGGGGGGGGGGUGGGGGGGGGGGGGGGGGGGGGGGGGGUGGGGGGGGGGGGGGGGGGGGGGGGGGGGGGGGGGGGUGGGGGGGGGGGGGGGGGGGGGGGGGGGGGGGGGGGGGGGGGGGGGGGGUGGGGGGGGGGGGGGGGGGGGGGGGGGGGGGGGGGGGGGGUGGGGGGGGGUGGGGGGGGGGGGGGGGGGGGGGGGGUGGGGGGGGGGGGGGGGGGGGGGGGGGGGGGGGGGGGGGGGGGGGGGUGGGGGGGGGGGGGGGGGGUGUGGGGGGUGGUGGUUGAGUUAUUUUUUUGUGGUUUUUUGUGUGUUUGUGUGUUUGUGUGUUGUAUGGAUUUAUUAA